AUGUCCAACAGCAGCUCCAUCAGCCACUUCCUCCUGCUGGCAUUGGCAGACACGCGGCAGCUGCAGCUCCUGCACUUCUGCCUCUUGCUGGGCAUCUCCCUGGCUGCCCUCCUGGGCAACGGCCUCAUCAUCAGCGCCGUAGCCUGCGGCCACCACCUGCACACGCCCAUGUUCUUCUUCCUGCUCAACCUGGCCCUCAGCGACCUGGGCUCCAUCUGCACCACUGUCCCCAAAGCCAUGCACAAUUCCCUCUGGGACACCAGGAUCAUUUCCUACAUGGGAUGUGCUGCACAGCUCUUUUCCGUUCUGUUCUUCAUCUCAGCAGAAUUAAGCCUCCUGACCAUCAUGUGCUACGACCGCUACGUGUCCAUCUGCAAACCCCUGCACUACGGGACCCUCCUGGGCAGCAGAGCUUGUGCCCACAUGGCAGCAGCUGCCUGGGCCAGUGCCUUUCUCAAUGCUCUCAUGCACACAGCCAACACAUUUUCCCUGCCACUGUGCCAGGGGAAUGCCCUGGGCAAGUUCUUCUGUGAAAUCCCACACAUCUUCAAGCUCUCCUGCUCCAAAUCGUACCUUAGGGAACUAGGUCUUCUCACUGUCAGUCUGUGUCUGGUAUUUGGCUGUUUUGUGUUCAUUGUUUUCUCCUAUGUGCAGAUCUUCAGGGCUGUGCUGAGGAUCCCCUCUGAGCAGGGACGGCACAAAGCCUUUUCCACCUGCCUCCCUCACCUGGCUGUGGUCUCCCUGUUCCUCAGCACGGGCACAUUUGCUCAUCUGAAGCCCCCCUCCAUCUCCUCCCCAUCCCUGGAUCUGGUCCUGUCUUUUCUGUACUCGGUGGUGCCUCCAGCCCUGAACCCCCUCAUCUACAGCCUGAGGAACCAGGAGCUCAAGGCUGCAGUGUGGAGACUGAUGACUGGAUGCUUUCAGGAACAUUAA